CUUCGGUGGUCCCCAAAAAAAUGAAAAAAACAGUAAACAAGAAAAAGGAGGGUGGCAUGAUGCAGUUUCUUCUUCGGGAAGAGAAAGGGAAAAGAGAUUUUUACUGAAAACGAUGAAUACUGUGUUCCCAGUUGACGAUUUUCCCGAUAACUUAUGGCCGCUGCCGGAGCCGGCCACGGGAAUGAACCGAAGCCAGUCGAACUGGACGCUGCCGACGUUUCUUCAGGAAACAUAUUCUCCCGUGAGUUCACAAUCCGCGUCCGGUCCUGGUCAGCAUGUGAUUGCUCCGCCUUCCGCUGUGGUGUCUCAGCCGUCUGGUUCUAAAGAUGAAGAAGGUGACGGUGACAGUGAUAUAGUGGAGAUCGUAAAGCCUAAUUUUCAGUGUCGUAGUGUUGUUCAGCACCGUACUCCACCGUCCAAUCCGAGUCAUCCGACUGCGAUGUUCCCGAUUGGUUCGGAUGAGUACCAGCGUGGGAUUCUCGAGAGCAAGCUCGAUCCUGGCUGCGCUGCUGUUGCUCUCUCUAGUGCGUCAGGUGUGAAGUUUGAAAAUUCGUCUCUUCAGACUGACAAUCAAACACAUCAAUCGGCGUCCCAAGCUCAAGGUUUUCCAAAAGCACAGGGUGAGCCUGAUGCUGCAGCAUCUGGAAUUUCAGCAUCAACAAUUACACAGAGAAAAUCAGGGGUACAAGUGAGACAAACAACAAGUGGGUCAUCAAGAGAAGAUUCAGAUGAUGAAGACGUUGAUGGAGACACUGAAAUGACUGAGAACAUGGAUCCAGCAAAUUUAAAACGUGAAAGGAGGAUGCGGUCAAAUCGAGAGUCAGCUAGACGCUCUAGAAGAAGAAAACAAGCACAAAUGAGUGAACUUGAAGCACAGGUUGGUCAAUUAAGAGUUGAACGCUCCACAUUACUAAAACGUCUCACUGACUUGAAUCAGAAAUUUGAUGAAUCUGCUGUUGACAACAGAAUUCUGAAGGCUGAUAUUGAGACUCUACGGGCAAGAGUAAAACUGGCUGAAGAAACUGUUAAGCAGGUAACAGGGAUCAAUCCCCAUAUUCUAUCUAGAUCAAAUGUACCCAAUCCUGGCAUGCCUUUCAUGAACAGCCCACUGGAAGCUACAAUACCAAUGCAGCCAAACACAAAUCCCUUCUUCCAGCAACCAGUUCCGGCAAUAGCUACCACACUUCAUCAUCAACCAUUAAAUGACAGUUUUCCAAGCAAUUCCAUGGUUCCAACUAUUGUAAAUCCACAAAUUGUUCUUGGAGCGAAGAAUGCCACUGUUACAUCUCUGCAGCAGACAUCUACACUGGAGCAUGUGCAAGAUCAGUUGGGCCUUGAUGGCAUGCAAAAGCAGAGGAGCAAUGACAUCAAUCCACGCGGGGCUUUGCCUGGUUGGGAACCUCGGCCAUCCCAUGCAAUUGCUCACCAAAAUAUGCCAAAUUAAGGUUUAAGUGCGUCCACUACUCUUGUAGUUGGUUGACUUGGAAGGUCAAAGAAACUUAAACGGUCUAUCUUAUUAGGGUUCUAGUUAUCAACUUAUCAUUGAGAUAAUGAAAUGUUACAAUGCUUUAAUGUUUAUUUAUUUCUAGAUUAAUAUUAAUCAAUCAUACCUCUAAAA